GUACAACGUCCACUGCAGUUAUGACGUGUACUGACCAACUUCUCGUAAACCACACACGCUUCACCAAACUUUCGUAAAAUUGGUGAACGACUACUUCGCGGACGUACCGAACCCUCGUUACUGGACGCCCGUUAAGACCUCAUUCGUUCAGUCUUCAUGUCCGCUUAAGAAUUGCACGUUAAUGUGAGCGCCUUAUCUUAUUUUAGCCUAGCCUAGCUUAAUAUAGCUGGAUACCCGCUAACAAAGAGAGGUAUUGGUGAUCGCUCAGGAGUGAUCAAGUGUUGUGAUUGUCGUGUGAAAAUGUGCGCAAGAAGAACAGCAGAGUGCGAGGAGGAACUUUGGGGAGAAAAAGCCGACACCGAGAAGACAGCAGACAUCAGUGGAAAAUAUCCUGAUUCUGGCCACCAAAAGACCCUUCCCGUUCGAGAGGAACGGGAGGAGCAGGAGCCCUCACUUAUUAAGGAAGAAGAGGACAAACAAGGGCCUCUUCACAUUAAGGAGGAAGAGCAAGAGGAGGACAUCACCAGGUCACCGUGCGCUGGCGUCCCUCUCAAAAGUGAAUGUGAAGAGGAAGAAGAUGAAGGUCCAAGUGAGGGCAGCGGAGGGGCGGGGCCUCACGGCAGCUGUAAGUCAAGUCAACACGUGUCAACAGAAGGCGAUGGACAAUCACCAGCGCACAGACUCUUGGCGCCACUGUCAGACAGUGAUGACCCGUUGUCAUGCUCUCCUUACACUCAUGAUGAUGACGACGAUGAUGAUGAUGACAGUCAUACAACAGUUCACACAGACGGCAAACGUUGGAAAUGUUCAGAGUGCGGCAAAACGUAUGCCUCUAAGAGCAGUUUGAAACAACACACGAGAAUGCACACUGGAGAGAAACCUUUUGCCUGUUCACUUUGCGAGAAAAGGUUCUCUCAGAAGGGGGGCUUAACAAUACACACUAGAACGCACACUGGUGAGAAACCCUUUGCCUGCUUGGUUUGCAAUAAGAGAUUUUCUGAGAAGGGAAGCUUAAAACUGCACACGAGAACACACACCGCCGGGACCGCUUUUGUCUGCUCAGUUUGUGGUCAAAGAUUCUCUGGCAAGGAAGAUUUAAAAGUCCACACAAGGACGCACGUUAAUUGGAAACCAUAUUUAUGCACCAUUUGCGGUAAAAGUUUUACCGCCAACAAAUAUUUGAGAGAGCACUCAACGACACACACCGGCGAGAAGCCGUACGCGUGCACAGUGUGCGGUAAAGGUUUCUUCAAUAAGGGAAAUUUGACAACGCACACGAGAAUGCAUGCAAGAGAGAAGCCUUUUGCCUGCUUAGAUUGUGGUCAACGAUUCUCUCAAGAGGAAGAUUUGCAGCAGCACGCAAGGACGCACACGGGCGAAAAACCUUACGCGUGCACAGUUUGCGGUAACAGUUUCCUAAACAAGGGCCAUUUGACAACGCACACCAGAAUACACGCUGGGGAGAGACCUUUUGCUUGCUCGGAUUGUGGGCAAACGUUCACUCGAAGGGACCAUUUGGCAAGCCACAUAAGAACGCAUACACGCUAGGGAACGUCGGGGCCUGCUCGGUUCCCGCUGUCCCUCACAUUGGAUGGUGUAUUUACAACAAGGAAUCACAUACUAUGGAUUAGACCUGUCUUUUUUUUCCCCGCUGCUUUUUUCCCUUUCUGACAUUUUGUACAAGUUUAAAAUUCUGAAAAAAAAGUUUUGCCUCUCAUCCGAGCGAGCUUCAAAUUCUCCGGCAUUGACGUUUAACCGUAAAACUAACGAUGGGGACAUUUGAUUCUGAGCAGCCUCGUAAUCCUAUCGCCAAUAUGUUCUUGUAGUCUCUGGACUUUCUUCAAAGCCUCAUGUCGGCAACUGCGGCAAAACACUUCAGAUAAAUGAAACUUCGAAUAAAACAAUCACGAAACAAAGAAGUGCAAGAAGUAGAUAAACUGAAGAAAUGGUGGAAAGAUGGAAAAGUGUCAAUGGGAUCCUGAAUAAAAUAAAACUUGAGUGAGGCUCAGUGUAUUCGUGUGAAUAUGUGUGUGCGUGUAUUCCAGUACCGGUAUUAUACAUAACACUUAAUUAUAGUACAUAAUUAGAAUACUUUAGUAAUAUUUUGUGUUCGAUAUUCCCCUUCAUCUCUUCCUCUCGGCAAACAGACGACAGUGUGAAAUAAAGCGACAUUACCGUCGGAGCGUCAAACGUCAUUGCAGGUAACGUGUUACGUCAUUUCCGUUCACCUCCGGCGUCUCUUGGGGGCUGGCCGCAGAAAAUGAUCUUGUUCUUAAUUUUUGGACACCACAAACGGGCCGAAUAUCAAUCAAGCCACCAACACGCCGCCUCACCUCCUUGAUGGUGCGCACCACCUCGAACUCGGCCGAGGUGUUGAAAUUGUAGCCUUCCUUGCGCAGGAGCAGGCGCAGGUAACGCGACACAUCCCUGCCGGCGAUGUCCACGCGCAUGAUGGAGUGCGGGAUGGCAAAGCCCUCGUAGAUAGGCACCACGUGCGUCACGCCGUCGCCCGAAUCCAGCACCACACCCGUGGUGCGUCCAGUGGCGUACCUGAGCAGGACGACAACCCUGUCAAUCUCCACCACAGGAAGAGCACGACGAGCCCACCUCCUCAGAGAAGGUCUGCAGCUGCUCCUUGGAGUAAACGUACUGCCAGAUCCUCUCCAUGUCAUUCCAGUCCUUCACGAUGCCGUGCUCCAUCGGGUAGCGAACUGACAGCAGACCGCGGUGCUCCUGGCACACGUAAGCAAAUAUAUGUAACAUGCGUACAUGUACUCAAGACACCCUCACGUCGGCGCUUACCUCUGCUUUGGGCCCGAUAAAAAGAUCUCCCUCCAAGGCACCCGCCAUGACACGCACAUGUUUAGGACGCCCAACACUGCACCACACACACAACAAUAUUAAUUGUUGCUUCACAAUCAGUGCACGCUUUUGAUCAAACCUGAAGAAGAGCCACCGGCACGACUUACUAGUUGGGAAAACAAUAUUUGGGGAUCUGGUCUCCAGCGAAACCAGCCUUGAUGACCCCUGAACCCUGCACACACAAUUAUAAAAAGCAGCAGCGUGAUUCAACAUGAAGAGUUUUGAGGAAGCUCAUGAGACAGGGGCUUCAGGACACGCAAAACAACAAUCAACUACUUUGUUUCACGAACAUCAGGCCAUCUGUGCUGGAUCACCACCCCGGUGCAAUUGUCACAUACACAUGAUUGGUUCUUCUCCACGAUUAUUCCAUACAGUCGUCAUAUUAAGGCGUGUGCAAAAAUAUUGAUAAAUAAAUACAUUGCAAUAUUCUCCUCCACAAUUACAUUUCAAUUCAUCACUUUGUGUGAGGGGCACUCAAGUGUGAUUUAUAAGAAAUAGGGCUGCAACCAACCAUUAUUUUAAUAAAUAUACGGACCGAUGGUUUUUAGUUUGCGGUUGGUGGAUAACUUACGGUAAAUUUGGCUCUAAUUUCAUGACUAAGGGCACUCCUCAUAGACACCGACUUAAUUAUUUGAAAGUAAGCUUCAACCAAGCAACUUUUUUCAGAGUUCAACAUUUUUUUUUUUUUUUUGUAAAAUGCAGAAACAACAUUUUGGGUUGUUUGGAUUCCUUACAUUUUCUACUCUAGUUUCUUAUCCAGGUUUUGGUUGUUAGUUUUGUUUUAAAAGAAAAACGAUACAUGCCAUGGAAUGUUUUUCCUAUUGUGGAAGACGACAUUUCUGAGCAUUUAAGGUUGCCCAGCCCUGAUGUAGGCGAAUUAAAAGCGGCAUAUACAACUGCAAAGUAUUGUGAUGAUGAAUCUAAUUAAAAAAUAUAUAUAUUCAACAUUUUAUUUUGAAUAUAUAUAUUUUUUAAAGUGGUAAGUGUGCAGCUAGGCAGCAUUUGCCAUCUGUCAUUUUGCAGGUUCAUUAGCAGCCGGGUCAGCUAGCAUUUGUUGCUAGCUCUCAUUAAUGCUAACUGGCUGAAUAAAAAAUAAAUCCCCGUCGAUCUUCCGUUUCUGUUCGCCGUCAGUUAUCGGUACGUAUAAUAGCUGAAAAUAAUAAUAAGGUGGCGGUCUGGAUAAGCAAAAGGCUGCGACUAGCACCAAGACAAAAGCGCAGCUAAGCUAAGAGCUAGUCCGCGACGGCCUCAGUUUGGGUGUGGGGUUGAAUGACGUCAACAUACUCACGUUAUCGAUCACUACGGGCUGAUUAGCUAAAAUGUCAUAGGACUCCAUGACGGACGAGAAUGUUGAGGCGCGCGUCUGUCGGCGUCCACUUUCGGUGCUGAAUGACGUCCAA